AUGGGCAUAUUAAGUAAAGAAAGAGCAAAGCUGAGUAAGUGAGGAUAUGACAAGGCAGGGUCAUUCAAGAUAGGGCAAUGCAGGACAGGGUAAGUAAAGACAGUACAAGGAAGGGCAGGGUAAGUGAGGACAAGGCAGGUCAAGGUAAGUUGAUAGGGUAGGGUAGGAUAGGGUAGGGUAGGGUAGGGUAGGGUAGGGUAGGGUAGGGUAGGGUAGGGUAGGGUAGGGUAGGGUAGGGUAGGGUAGGGUAGGGUAGGGUAGGGUAGGGUAGGGUAGGGUAGGGUAGGGUAGGGUAGGGUAGGGUGGAGUGGGGGUAUUAAAUUAACGACAAAACUUAUUUUUGUUAAUUAACCAUAAAUUUUUUUUUGUAAAAUACGUUUGAAUUAAUAGUAUCACCAAAAAAAAUUUCAUUUUUAAAAGAUUUUUAUAUUGAUUAUUCAAAUUUCAGAUCACAAAAUGGGGUGUGGUCAGAGCGCGGCUCAAAAAUCGAGCCGUUCGACGGAGACGCGGCCGAAGAAGAAACCGGCUGUCGCCAACACGCAGCCGAAGCAGUUGUCGUCGGAUUCGCAGAUGGGUAAGUCGACGACCACGCUGCCAUCGACGUUCGCGUCUGCCCGCUCACAGUCCGAAAGCGAGGCCAAUGGCAGUGUAAUGUCGCGCGCUUCGGUCCGCUCCCGCGGCCUCAAACUCGAUUCGCUAGCCGAGAAUGGCAAGACUACGAAUGGGAAUGCCGUGUCGGACGAUGAUACCAACUCGGCACGGUCCUCCAUAUCGAUAAGAACGCUGCUGUGUGAGGAUAACAGCGACUUCGAGGAGGACGAUGGGAUUCAGAAGCCGAAGGAGCGAAGCCGCUCGGUUUCGCCGUCCAAAUUUCAGAAAGUCGACCGGUUGAAAAAGCAAAAUGUGCCCUCUUCGGCCAGAUUCUCUUCGUCAAUGUUGAGUAAUCGAAACAACAACAAUAAUCGACCGAAAAGCCCUCAAAUGUGUAAGAGAGCACAGCACCAUGUUGUAGCAUCGUACUCGGUUUUUGGUGCUCUAUAGUAUUGGUGAUAUGGAUUAUAGUUCAAGGGUUGUACAUUCGUACUUGGUUUCGGUUUUCUAUAGUACUAAACAUAUUGCUAUAGAACAGGUUUUGUACUAUAUAGUACUAGUGUAGUGCUAUAUAGUAAUAGUCAUAUGACUAUAAAACAUAUUUUGUACAAUCGUACUACACAGUACUAGUGGCAUGACUAUAGCACAACUGUUGUACACUCGUACUAUGUUUUGGUACUCUAUAGUACUUAGUGCUCCAUAGUACUAGUACUAUGACUAUCUUUCGGAGUUUUAGUUUGCACGUAUGAUUGGUGAAGGUUUAAUCGUACUCUUCAGUACUAGUAAUAUGGCUCUAUCACUAACAAUAAGGUCGUACUCUAUAGUACUAGUACUAUAUAUAAUAGUACGUGGCUAUUUUUCGGGACUUCAGUUUGCACAUACUAUUCGUGAAGGGAUAUAUAUACCUAUUACAAGUGAUAUGACAUUUUUAAAAAAUUGGUUGUUAAAAAAGUUGUUGUUUUUCAACAUUAACUUACAUGUAAAUUGACGACCAGAUUUUUUAAAUUUAUUCUUGGUGGCUAUAUAUAAAUUAUCAUCAAACCUUCUCCACACUGUUUCUCAAUAUCCUAUACACAAUUUAAAUCCUGCUUUUACAAAAUUUUAUAAUAAUAUAUGAUUUUAGCCAUCAAAUCUGCCAUUUUGAUUCAAAAAUGGUACCGACGAUGUUUGGCACGGUUGGAGGCACGGCGACGCGCCACGUGGAACAUUUUCACUGCCUUGGAGUAUGCUGGAGAGCAGGAUCAACUUAAAGUAUAUUUUUUAUUUUUUUAAAUUUUGAUUUUUAAUUUUUUGCACUGUGCAGCCAAAUUUAUAUUCUUGCACGGUGCAGCCAAAAUGAAUGCCAUUUUUUUAUGCGUCUUGUGUAAACGGACUACAUACUGCAUUAGUGAAUAGUUGUGGGCAGUGUUUUGCCGGACCGGUCCGGUCCGCGGACGGACCGAAACAGAAAUUUUUGCGGACCGGACCGGACCCAAAAACCUGCGGACCCGGACCGAAGAAAAAGCUCCGGACCGGUCCGGAAGAAAAAUUUUUUUUAUUUUAAGAAAACUGUUUUAAAAAUUGCAAAUAUUAUAAAACAUAUUUUUAGGAGUUUUUAAGCAAAAAGAAAGCAGUUUUAGCGAUCCUUGCUUUUUUUAAAAAUUAAAAAAUUUUUUUUUGCGGACCGGACCGGACCCAAAAAUUUGAAGUUUGGACCGGACCGGACCCAAAAAAACAGUUAAGUUACAGUAAUUUACAUUUUAUUUACUUUUGAAAUUUAGGCUUAAUAUGAUCGAUAAAAAAAUUUAAAAUGUACUGUGAUUACAAAAACAUAAAGAUAAUUUUAAAAAAAACUGUUUUCAGCCUAUAAAUUACCAUUUUCAGCUAUACAACUUCUUCAGUGACAUAAUAACAGCGAUGGUGACAAAAGACGGGGAAGAGAUGGGCGCGAGUCGCCUUCAUCAAGGUUGGUUUGAAGUUCAAGUGUUGUGAAGCUUUAGUUUUGCUUUAUUUUGAUCGUAUUUGGCACUUUGGUUUUCUUCUUUUACUUUUUUUGCUUUUAUUGGUUUCGCAGGCUGCAUUAUGUAAGGCGCAGGUCGGAAAAAAUAUUUUUUUAAACUUAGAGGUUUAAAGAAGCAAAAUUAAGUAUUUUAGGCUUAUUUAUGAAUAAUUUGUGCUAAAUUUUCAUUUCUAAAUAUUUUUUUCAUAAAUUUUGAUUUUUUGAAAUUUUUCGAGCUGCGCCCAGAAGUUUAUAGUUAAAUUUUGAAAUUGAAAAGAAUUUUUUCUAAAUUGAACGUUUGAUCAAUUUUUUAAAUUUACGAUUGAAAAAUGCAUUAUUUACAUUAUUUUGAUGCUUUCGAGCCGCGCCCUGGAAGUUGCGGCCUGCACUUUGCUUUCAUUGGUUCUUUUUGGUUUGUCUUUAAAAAAAGUUUUGAAAAAUAGAAUUUUUGAUUAUUUUUUAAAAAUAACAUCACUUUUAGAAUUUAUUUUUUCUAUUCUUCCUAUUAUUUGUAGUACCAUAAGUACCAAAUGCUAACUAUGUUGUCUCGUGCCAUUUUUGCUAUGCGCCUUUUACUAAUUACGCUACAAGGUUUGGCUUUUCGGGUGACGGUGUUGAAAAAGCGGAUAGCAUGAUUAGUAAACGCCAUUUUAGCCUUGGUUCAAUAUUCCUCACCUCCAGAUGAAGAAGAGAAGGACCGAAAGUUGUGGGAAGCCACCAAUCCCGAGAACUUCCGCGUCGACCGCUCAUACAAAGGCCCAUUCUUGUCGCUGCCGCUGAAGAAGGCUCAUGUGGUCAUGUUGAUUGAGCAUUUUAAAAGCAAUAAGGUAAAAUACGAAAAUUAUUACACUUGUUAAGGGGUGGGCACGGCUCUAGGCUAGGGCUCUGGGCUAGGGCUUUGAGCUAAGGCUUUAGGCUAGCGCUUUGGGCUAGGGAGCUGGGCUAAGACUCUGGGCUGGGCUAGCGCUAAGGCUAGGGCUAGGGCUAGGGCUAGGGCUAGGGCUAGGGCUAGGGCUAGGGCUAGGGCUAGGGCUAGGGCUAGGGCUAGGGCUAGGGCUAGGGCUAGAGCUAGGGCUAGGGCUAGGGCUAGGGCUAGGGCUAAUUUUUUUUACAAAAAACAUGCUGGGCUUUUUUGGACCGGGCCGAAUUUUAAUUUUCAGGCUUGGCUUAACCUAAUUUUUGCUUAGGCCCGGUUGUUCCCCAUUUUUAGGUUAUGGCGUUAGGUUCUGGGCUAACGCUAGAGCUAGAGCUCGCAGGCUAGGGCUCUUAGGCUAGGGAUCUGGGCUAAUUCUCUGGGCUCGGGGCUCGAGGCUCUGAGCUAGAGGUCGGGUAUCUGGGUUCUGAGCUAAGGCUCUGGGCUAGGACUCUAGGCUAAAGCUCUGAACUGAAGCUCUGGGCUUUAGGCUAGGGGAUACCUUUGGGAAACGGGCCGGGCUUGAGCCGGCCGGUCCAUUCCUCAUGGAUAGACUGAGGGGCUCUGGGUUGGAUAUUCAGGGCUAAGGCUCUUGGAUGGGGGCUGGGCUAGAACUAGGCUUAAUAAGACAGAUUAUCUUUUACUAUAAUAUAAUUCAAAAUACAUUGUGUUAUAAAUAAAAUCUAAAUUACAAUUAUCGUAUUUUACAAAAAAAAAGUUUUAGAUUCUCCACCCUCGCUUCCUAUUACUUAUCCUUCAUGAAGCGAGGAAGUUGUUGAGGACGAUGCCUACUGUAACUCAAGUCUCUACCUCGUUAUCCAAUCAGGUCACUGUAUGUGGCGACUUGCACGGAAAAUUCGAUGAUCUCUGUAUAGUACUAUAUAAGGUGAGGUUUCUUUAGACAUGGUACUAUUUUGAAGUAGUACUGGUACUAAUGCUACUAAUGGUACUUUUAAUUUUUUUUUAAAUUUUGAGGUUUUGUAAAAUUUUGCAAAGGUAAUGGUCUUAGGGCUCAAAAAUAAUGUCUGCCAUUUCAGAAUGGUUUCCCAUCAGUCGAUAACCCAUACGUCUUUAAUGGUGACUUUGUCGACCGCGGAGGCCAGUCGAUAGAAGUACUAAUAGUGCUACUAGCACUACUACUUCUGAAUCCAACUGCUGUGGUGCUGAACAGAGGAAAUCACGAGGAUCACAUAAUGAACUUACGAUACGGGUUUACUAAAGAGCUCAUGACCAAGUACAAGGUAAAUUUUCGAAAAAAAAAUUUCGUCUAGUCGAUUUUUUUUACUUUUGAAAUAGAAUUUUUUUAAACUUUGAAGCCACCAGCGUAUUUUAACCUAGAAUUAUAUAUCUUUUUGUUUUUAUAUUAUAGUUUAUCGAAAAUGACAGGAAACCGAAAGAAGCCAGGACGCAGCUUGCGAACAUCGUUUCGCAGGCUGCAGUAUCAAAAAAGUAGCAAAUAGAUUAAAAAAAACGUUAAAAAAUUAUAAAAAUUGGUUUAAAAACAAAAUUUAAAAAGCCAAAAAAAAAUACAAUUUAAAAAAUUUUUCGACCGGUCGAUUUUUUUAUUUUUGGCAUAAGAAAUUUUUAAAAAAAAGAGAAGCAGCAAACGUAUUUUACUUUACAUUACAUUUUUUUAUUUUUACAAUAUAGUUUACAUAUAAAAAUAGCAAAAAACCGAAACAAGCCGAGACGCAGCUUGCGAAAGUCCUUUCGCAGGCUGCAAGAUUAAAAGUUAUCAUAAAAAUUAGUUUAAAAAUGAACUUAAAAAGCAAAUUUAAAAAAUUUUUUUUUAUUUUAAAAAAAUAUUUUUAGGGCUCAGCAUCAGCGAUAGUGCGUCUACUGGAAGAUGUGUAUAGCUGGAUGCCGGUGUGUACAGUAAUCGACAAUCAAAUCUUUGUUGCUCAUGGCGGUAUCAGUGAUAAGACGGACCUGGAUUUCUUGAAAAAUGUCCAACGAAACAAGGUAAAAUACGACUUUUGCUAAAAUUUUUAAUUUUUAAAAUUAAAAAAAUUUUAAAAAAAUUUGAAAAUUUUAAAAUUGGAGUCCAUUUUUGAUACUUAAAGCUCUAUGUUACAGUACUCUUUAAAUGAAAUUAUAACAAUAUGUUACAGUACUUAUCCGUCCUCCGACCGCCAAUCUCAGAAUCCAAGGAAACGGGUAAGAAGACGGUGAAUGUGGACGAAUGGCGUCAGAUGUUGGACGUGCUGUGGUCGGAUCCAAAACAGCAGAAUGGAUGCAGUCCAAACGUGUUCCGAGGAGGCGGCACAUACUUCGGCCCUGAUAUCACAAAGAAAUUCUUGGAAAAGUAAGGAAUUUGGGGAAAAAUUGAGAAAAAAAGUGACAUUUUUUGAAGAAAUUGUGCCAUAACUUUUUAGAGGUUGUAGUAAAUAGCUUGAAAAUUUGUGUGGACAUCGGCUAUUUAGUGUACUAUCAAAUUCAAAACUACAAAAUUCAAAAUAAUUAACGUUUUUAUAGUUACUAUUGCCUACUUUUCGAAAUUUUUUAAAAAAUUUUUUAAAAAACUUGUUAUAAGUUUUUUGAAAUUACAAUUAGAAACUUGAAAUUUUGUGUAGGCAUAGCCUACACAAAAAAUUGUGUAGUUCCUUGUACAAUCAAACCAUACUUCAACAAUUUACAAAUGAUGUACGGUUUUAAAGUUACAGUGCAGUAAAAUGUGAUAUACCAGAAUUUUUCGUAUAUUUUCACAGUUUUUAGAAAUGAGCUUAUUAAAAGUGUCAUAUCUUUUUAAAAAAUGCUCUUACAAUUUUGAAAAUUAGCGUGAAAGUAGCUUAUUCAUUUGUAAAUUAACACCAAAAAGAGAAAUUUUUAAUUUUGCUGAAUUUUAAAUUUACAGUAGAUCUACCGCAGUUUACUUCUUCUGAAUUUUUGCGCAAUUUCGUGACAAAACUUGUUAUAACUGCUUUAAAAAAUGGUAAAAUCGAUACUAAUUUUGGCAUAGAAUAGGCAGAUUUUUUAUGGUUUUUAAGAUAAAAUGACUUUUGUUACCUAAAAUCUUAAUUUUAUUACAGAAAAUCCCAUUUUUCUUACUAAAACAUUAUUUUAUAUACCUAAAACCCCGUUUUUAUACCCAAAAUUUUGUUUGUAAUAACUAAGACCCCGUUUUUCAUACCUAAAAUCACUUUUCUCAUAUCUAAAAUUUCAUUUUUCAUACCUAAAAUCUUAAAUUUUGAUACUUAAAGCUUUAUUUUUUUCGUAAAACCCCGUUUUUUGUACCUAAAACACUAUUUUUCAUACCUAAAAUUUCAUUUUUCAUACCUAAAACCCCAACUUUUUAGAAACGGGUUCAAGAUGAUCGUCCGAUCACACGAGUGUAAAUACGAAGGCUACGAGUUCUCGCAUUCCGGUCAAUGUCUGACCAUCUUUUCGGCAUCGAACUACUACGAAGCCGGCUCCAAUCGUGGUGCCUAUGUUAAGUUUAUAGGAGAGGAGAAGACGCCCCACUUCGUGCAGUAUAUGGCGAGUAAGGUGCAUAAGAAGACGACAGUACGGCAGCGUUUGAGUAUCGUUGAGCAAAGUGCUAUUAGGGAUUUGAGGGAGAAGCUGGGGGCUUUCAACUCGGAGCUGCAGAGGGAGUUCUACAAGAUCGACAAUGCUGGGACUGGUGGGUUUUUGAAAAAAAAACUUAAUUUUUAUCGACCGGUCGAAAAAAUGAAUUUUCAAGGUUAAUAUAGGUCUAUAAAUUUAUUUGGGGGCAUAGAUAACAUGUUUUUUUCAAAGAUACAGCCAUACUUUGUCAUACCAAAGCUCCAAAAAAGUCUUGUCGUUUUUUAACUUGCAACCCAAUGUUAAUUUACGACAAGACUUUUGUAAUUCUUUAUAAGAGCCAAAAUAUGACAAAAUAUUGAAACAAAUGUCUUUUUAAGGUAAUAUUUAUGUAUAAUAUAAAAAGAAAUGUAAAAAUAAAGACUAUAUACUUACUAUAAUAUAACAUUUCAGGAGUAAUAUCAGUGAACGCUUGGUGUGAUAUUGUGGAGCGAGUAACAGGUCUAAACGUGCCAUGGCACGCCCUGGCCAGAAGAUUGGUCCCAAUGACGAACGAUGGACGUUUCGUUCAUUACAAACAAAAAAUCAGUGUUCAAUUGACAGAUCCAGCCACACCCGGUGUUUACAAUGUUAAGCAACCUAACUUUGCUCCACAGGUAGGAUUAGCUUCUGAUUUAAAAAAAAAUUUAUAAUUUUUGAUAAUAUCUAGGUUUAUACUGCUAACAAAAUGUUGUUUACCAAUUUUUUUUGUUGCCUACUUACAAUUUUUCAAUAUGACAGCCGCGGCUACGUAUUUUACACAGAAAACCAAGGCGCAGUUGAAAAACUUUGAAAUUUCGCCAUUUUUCAUAAGGAUAAGAUAUAAAUUUAUGCUUUGGCUAGAUUAAACAUAAAAUAACGAUCAUUUAGACACCUAAAACAAAGGAAUUGAUUGAAUUGUUUUUAAGAUAUAGAUUAAAUUUUUCCGAUAUUGAUGUAGGUGGUCAAAGGUUUCCAAAUCAAUAUUUUCAAAAAAAUCUAUUUUAAGUUUACUGAUUCUUUUGGUAGGUUAAGCUUAUUAUAAGGAUUAUUUUGAUACCUAAAUCACUAGGAUCCGUCUCAUAGUUCUUCAGAUAUAUUUUUUUUUGAUAUUGUUGUAGGUGAUCGAACCUUCUCAGUAGAACCUUUUAAAAUCAAUAUAUUGUAAGUUUAUUGAUUCUUUAAUCAGUUAAACAUAAAAUAAAGAUUAUUUUGAUACCUAAACCUAAGGAAUUUGUGAGGUAAUUUUUAAGAUAUAGAUUAAAGUCUUCCGAUAUUGUUGUAGUUAAUCAAACAUUUACUUAGUAAAACGUUUUUAAAAAAUAUUUUGUAUGAAGAUGGAUGAUUAAUGUAGAUCAAUGAAGAAAUAAGGAUCAUUUUGACACCUAAAUCACAAUAAUCCAGUUCAUAGUUCUUCAGAUAUAUUGAUUUUUUCUUGAUAUUGUUGUAGGUGGUCCAAAAUUUUGCCAAAAAAUAAAGUAUUUGGCUAAAAAAUGAAAGUUAUACCUAAAAUUCAUGUUUUAAAAACACCAUUUAAGACGUUCUAGCCUUUUUUAUAUCUAAAUUUUAUAAAAUCAAGACGUAUUAACUAUAACAACAUUACUUUAAACUUAUUUUUACCUAUAAUAACAUAAUUAUUACCUAUAUUAACAUUUUUUUCAGGACAACGGAGUGGCUGAAACCCUGUAUCGUCAUAAGACAACAUUGGAGACGUUGUUUCGUUUCAUGGACAAAGACAACUCAGGUCAGAUAUCGAUGCACGAGUUCAUUGAGGCUUGUUCUGUGUUGGGACAGUUCACCAAGAACAGUAUGAGCAAAGAGUACGUGGAGCAGAUAGCCGAGAGUAUUGACUUCAACAAAGAUGGCUUCAUUGAUUUGAACGAGUUUUUGGAGGCUUUUCGACUGGUCGAUCAGGGGGCUUGA